UUUGCAAUUGACCUGAUAUUUGUUUAUUUAUAACCUAGUAUUUAUAAAAAUUAUUUUAAAUUAAUUGAGAAAUUACUAAGGAGGUAAUAAAAGUAAGUGACAUUUUUUUAUAAAAUUAAAACUUCAUCUAAGUUAAGUAAUUGAGGUCGUCAUUUUCAAUCAUUAACUGGGGCGUAAUAAAAUCUGAAUAAAUGAUGAACAUUCCGUCAAUGCAACAACAAGGUGGUAUGGCGAUGGGCCAAAUGCCGCAACCAACAAAUCCCCAGAUGGCCCCGAAUCCUCAGCAAGCUCAACAAGUCCAGCAGCAAGUUCAGCAACAAAUGCAGCAGCAGCAGCAACAAACCCAAGAAAAACUCGACAAUAUUUCAAAAGUAAAGUCUCUUAUUGGUCCACUCCGAGAAUCUCUUGUAAUAGCUCUGAAAACAGCGGCUCAAACGUUAACUCAGAAUAGCCUAGUGGACGUCGGUUCAUCAAAAAGCCCGGAUUCUGAUCACCGAUUUAACAAAAAUAUGGAAGAAUUUUAUUCCAUUUGCGAUCAAAUAGAAUUACACUUAAAAACAUCUAUUGAAUGUUUAUCACAAAAUGCCAGCUCCGUUCGGUAUUUUCCAAUGCCAGUAAUACCGACUCGCACCGAGGCUAUUCCAGCACAAGAAGGACCAGCUUUAUCAUACCCACAAUUCUUGAUCACUGUUAAAUCUCAGGUUUCAUUUUUACGUGAAAUUCAUGAUGCACUUGUCGCUGCAUCGAAUUCUUUAAAUUGUAAUGAAUAAUUUUAGAUAGUUCAAUUCAAUUUAUAGAUAAUCAAGUCUUUUUUCUAAAUUAAUUUAUUUAUCAUGAUACUGAAAUUAGCAGACGUCUGACAAUUAUUCGAAUUUUUA